UUCAUUUUACUCAUUAUGCUAAGACUCACGAUUCCUAAACCAAUUCCAGCCAAACUUGAUAUCCGUGCAACUUUCGGGAUUGUUCGUUGCGCUGCCCGAUCGUUGCAUCCAACCCAACAUACCAUCAGACGACACUACACAGUUGUAUCAAAGUCGAAGAAGUUUUCGAAUCAUACAGCAGUCAUGCGACCUCAAAACUGUACCUCGAUCCAAAAACCAAUCAACCCAGUUGUCCACGAUCUCUUCGACGUGGCCACGGGAUCAUGGCAAUACGUAGUAGCAGAUCCAACGUCCUCGAGAUCCGUCAUCAUUGAUCCCGUAUUGAAUUUUGAUCCAGUCACUGCAAAAAUCUGGACAGAAUCGGCGGAUCGGAUACUAGCUUUCGUCGAAGCGAAUGGCUACAAGGUCGACAUGAUCCUAGAGACACAUGUGCACGCGGACCACAUAACAGCAGCGUCCUAUCUCCAGCAUGUUCUACAGCAGAAGCAGGGAUUGAAGAUUCCCAUUUGCAUAGGGAGUAGGAUUAAAGGCAUUCAGAAGCGGUUUGGCGAAAAAUACAAUAUACCUCUCGACGAAUACAGGAACGCCUUCGACAAGGAAUGGGAAGAUGAUGAGAUCUUCAAUGUAGGGACAUUGAGCGCGCAAGCUAUUCACCUGCCGGGUCAUACACCUGAUCACAUGGGCUACAAAAUUGGCGAGGACGUUUUUGUGGGGGACACGGUUUUUCACAUGGACAUUGGAUCAGCGAGGGCUGAUUUCCCCGGCGGCUGUGCACAAUCCAUUUAUGAUUCGGGUCAUAAGCUGUUCGCCUUGCCAGACCAUACCAGGAUCUGGAGCGGGCACGAUUACCCGCCGAAAGAAAGGGAUGGGCCAAGAGCAUGCUCCACAGUCAAGCAGCAAAAGGAAGGGAACAAACACUUGAGGAUUGGUACAAGUAAGGAAAGCUUUGUUCAACAACGCCAGGAACGCGAUGAGACGCUGGCCGCACCGAGGUUGAUACAUCAGUCUUUGCAGAUGAAUAUCCGCGCAGGGCGUCUCCCCGGAGAAACAAACUUGGGGGGAAGAAUGCUGGCUAUUCCACUCAAAUCUGAUGUGUAUUGGUGAAGGAUCCACGGGAUAAUUUGUGGGCUGCGAAAUACCACCUGUACGAGAAGUAGCGAUACAUGAAGCUAAUUGGAUAUGGAUACGAAGAUCUGUUAAGUGUGUUUCUAGAUUUCCAUAAUUUCAACUUGAUGCAAAAGCCUGAUGUUCUUGGCUGUGUAAUCACUACCUCUACUUCCGGUUGAACCGAUUCUAUAUAUGCAACAUAUUGCGUACAUGACUUUAACAACCCAGAAAAUACCUGCGAAUAGGUUUUUUCUAAGGAUGAAGAGGUAAUAAUACCUUGAAGUGAUUGGAUAAUUUCCUACUAGAUCGCCAACAACUAAGCGUAGCGGAGAUUCAUCGCAUUUCCAUGCGGCACAAACACCGGGCAUUGUGAACACGACAAAUCUACCUUUGAGCUCCUGAUUGCCAACAACAUUCAUUCCGACGGGCUACCUGCACGUUGAUGUCUUCCCAGUCUAUAACCUAUCUUCUUAUCUGUAGAUGCCAUUCUGCCCACAAUUACCGCGUUUUUGACCAACAAAGUUGUAAAUCUACU